AAAGAACGCGACUGCAGUCAUUGAAUGAGGUGGAAAUCCUCGAAAUGCACAAUUGUGUUUAUGCACCCCAAUUUCCUGGAAAAUAAAGGCAACGCUGCCGUGUGUGUUCAACUAAUAUUACUGUAAAACUGCUAGUGAAAGGCUGUGAGCUGGCGCAGGUAGCAGGUUGCCAGUGGACCAUGAGAGACAGCGGUGGAAGCCUGGCCCAGAACCACUGGCAGGAGGAACUCUCUCUGACAGUGAGCCAGGAAGCCAGCAGUGUUGGGGGCAUGGGAGGUGGUCUAAUGGCUCCAAAUUCUCCUCCCAAUGCCACCAGCCCCAUACACUUCAAACUAGCUCACAAGGAGAGGGUCUGGUCUGGAGACUACAUAGAACCGGUAGAGAUUGAUGAAGUUGAAUUUGAUGAGAAUGAAGAAAAUGUGGAUGAGGAAGAAGAACAAGAUGAGGAAGAGAUAGAUUCAGAAUGUGCUCCAUGGGAGGAGAAUGAUGACGUGGAAAACUGGCAAAUGGCAUCGGAAUCAAAGCCACAAAUCAUGCAUGAUGAUAAUUACCAGCACCAGGCGUCCUCACACGAGGCGGAGGUUAGAUUCCAAGCCAGAGACAUUCCUGAGAAUCCCUUACAGAUUCGACUUCAUGGGCUUAGACAGCAAAGGCUGAAGCGCUGGCGGAGGCUACGUUCUAGUGCAGGCCUGCGUAACCGGCUUGUGCAGAAUUGGAAAACAUGGAGACAGCGGGCACAGUGGGUUGGCACCUUAGGGUAUAGACGGGCAAAGAGGUGGCGCCAGUAUAGCCUUAAUGCCUGCAAGAAACGAGACCAGGAUCGUAACAAUAUAGGUUUGGAGACAACAAGCGAUGGACAGACAGCAGAAAACCAGUUCUGUGGUUUCAAUGGUUAUCAUGGGGAUUCUCAGUCAAAUCCAGCAUUCAGUGGACGACGGGAAUAUCAUUCUAUUCUUGCGGAGCCUUCUGCUCAGAAGGAGGAGAUGGUUCUCACAGAGGAGCACAGGAAUUAUGUCCAUGAUCUCCUUGAUGAAUACCUUCGGAAGUAUGGAAGUCUGAUUCCUUUACACACAGAUGAUGUUGUUGAGGAACUCAAGAGCAUCUUCAACGAGGACUUCUCCCAGCCUCACAGAAAAGUAGUUGUGCAACAUUUAAUCCAGUCCUAUCAGAGGUCAUCAGGGACGGCCAUGGUGAAAGGGUUCCGGGUGAAUUACAAGCGUCACGUUCUCACGAUGGAUGAUCUUACAACCCUCUAUGGACAGAACUGGCUCAAUGACCAGGUCAUGAACAUGUAUGGAGACCUUGUGAUGGAUUCAGUGCCUGAAAAGGUGCACUUCUUCAACAGUUUCUUUUAUGACAAGUUGAGGACCAAAGGUUAUGAUGGAGUAAAACGGUGGACAAAGAAUGUGGACAUCUUCCAGAAGGAUCUGUUACUGAUUCCCAUUCAUUUAGAAGUACACUGGUCACUAGUUUCAGUUGAUAUUAAACGGCGAUACAUCACUUACUUCGAUUCCCAGCGAACCCUUAAUCGUCGCUGCCCGAAGCACAUUUUUAAAUACCUCCAGGCAGAAGCUAUGAUAAAAGAGAAGAGAGAUUUUCUCACAGGGUGGAAAGGCUUUUUUAAAAUGAAUGUUGGCAGACAGAAUAAUGACAGUGAUUGUGGGGCAUUCGUCCUACAGUAUUGCAAGUGUCUUGCAUUGGGUCAGCCCUUCAGCUUCAGUCAACAGGACAUGCCCAAGCUGAGGAGACUUAUGUACAAAGAACUGUGUCAUUGCAAGCUCUCACUGUGAUGUUUGUGUGUAGACUGCACAGCCAGUGGGCAGAACGAAACAUUCUAAAGACAUCUUUGUCCAAAUGCCUGAGAGACUUUACACUGAGGAUAUUGAAUCCUCACUCACUUUGUCAUUUUUCUUUUUUGUAUGAGUUUUUUUCUCUUGGUAACUGGAGCCCAACAUCUAGUAUCUGACAUACUACCUAAAUGGAAAGCUUUAUUUGGGGGUUUGUUUUUGUUCUGUGCUUAAAGAUGUUGCCUGAUCAAAAGUGUUGGCAUGAGGGUACUGUGCUGUGGUGUAAGAAGAGAAUCAUGU